AAGUGAACCCUGGAAUGAAGCCACGUAUAGUUGUCUGGAAACAUGCAGCAACCCACGCGUCGUCUUCGCUCUACCGCCAUGGACUACGUGCGCACAUCAGCCGUCUUUAUCAAAACCAAUCUCUCACAUCGACUUAUCGUUUCUCCAAGAAGCGCAUUCAAAAACACACGCAAAUCUUACACUGUGACAAGAUGAUGAACAUAUUGGCUCUCGGUCUUGUUCUAACGUCACUGGUUACAGGAGCGGUGUGGUCUCCUCCUCCGCCUCCUGACAACCGUGAGGAGGUGAUCGUGAAAGGAGGCCACCGUGUCAUCGUAGUUGAAUACGAGAAAGAAGGCGACGGCAACACUAAGGUAUUGAUUUCACCACACGACCCUUCUGCUUCUGGGGUUGAUUCUACAGACACUUGUCAUUCCGCCGACGGAAACCCGCCGGUGGAUGAUGCAGAAGCCAAGUUCUCCCGCCCUAGAGAGCUUGUUUGUGAUGCUUUUGGUAAGUGUAAGCAUAAGAUUGCAAACGCUUUCGGGAGAACAAAAGACAAGGUUUCUGAUACGGCUCAAGACAUCGAAGAACAUGCCAAGGAGGCUGCGAGUGGAGCCGUUGGGAAAGCCAAAGACACAGUUUAUGGAUACGAAGAACGUAUGAAAGGGGCUGCGAAUGAAGCAUUUGGGAAAGGCAAACAGGCUGCCAAAGAUAUCAACGAGGCCAAAUCCAAAUUAGCUGAGAAAGUAUCGGAAAAGAUUGAAGGGAUAGAAGAUAAGGCCAAGGGGGCUGCAAUUGGAGAGUCGUUAGACAAUGCGAAGGACAGCAUCGCUCAAGGAAUCGGCAAGGCCAAGAAGGUCGCCGGAGAUGUGAUGGAGACAGUAAGAGAUAGCGCAACGAAAGCGAAGAGUUUCGAUAUGGUGGAUUCACCCAAGAGAAUAGGAGAAGAUAUACAAAGAAACGUAAGUGGGAGAGUUGAAGAAGGCGCUGAACAUGUGAUGGAACAAGCCAAAGAAGCUGCAGCAAAUGUGCAAAAAGUAGGGCAGAAGAGUUUGGGUGAAAUCAUAAGCAAACUAAAAGAAGUGAUGUAUGAUGUUUUUUGGUACAUGGUGUCUCCUGAAAAGGUAGAUGCAGUGGUGGGUUUGAUUCAUAUGUUGGGGUUCUCGACUGCUUACGGGAUGUGUAUGUGGGUAACGUUUGUUUCCAGCUAUAUUUUGGGAAGAUAUCUGCCAAGACAGCAGUUUGGAAUGGUCCAAAGCAGGAUAUACCCAGUCUACUUCAAGGCCAUGGCUUAUUGUGUUGGGGCUGCUUUGUUGGGGCAUCUUGUGAGUCGGAGGAAGGAGAGUUUGUCCAGCAUAAAGGAGAUCUUUCAGGGUUUGAGUCUUCUUUCUGCACUCUUGAUGGUUUUAAUCAACAUGAUCUGGUUGGAACCAAGAUCGACCAAGGUGAUGUUUGAAAGAAUGAAGAUAGAAAAGGAGGAAGGAAGAGGGAUAGCUGGUGCAGUUAGAGAGGGGAUAGCAGAUAAUGGUAGUGAUACGGUGGUGAGGCCGCCUGCAAAUGUAGCGGCAGAGAGGCAAGAUGUUUUGAGGAUGAACGAGAAGUUAAAGAGGUUGAACUCAUACUCGUCUGCGCUGAAUGUGUCGACGCUAGUGGUGCUCACUUGGCAUAUGGCUUACAUGGGCCAACGCCUUCAAGCGACACGGUAACUAGCUAGUCUUGAUUCAGUUAUAGCCACCUUUCAAUACAGAUGGGCAGGAGGGAUACGAUGAUCAUGUUUCUAUAUAUAGUUAUUAAUAUUCUACUACUUAGGACCUGCUAGCUUCUUUAAUUAUUGUUUUGUUAAAUACUUGAAUGUACGUGUUUUGUGUUUGUUUAAUUAGGAAUUAAGGGCAGUUUGUUGCC